AUGUUGUUUGAACGUUUGCAGGUUAAAAUCUCAUCUCGUCCUAUGACGGCAGUAGCAAAACGUUUUUUCCCUCCGGCAAUAGCGUAUGGUGGCUCGCUGAAUGUGCAGCCGAAUAGUCACGGCGACUUGCAAUGGAGACUGGGAGCAAGGGAGCAAUUCGUGGAGCCAGUGAAAUUGGAGGGAAAAUGGGCAUUCGUAAUCUUUGAUCGUUGUGUGGGAACAAAUGAUGCUCAAACCUUCAUAGAUGCUUUAGCAAAAUAUUCUGUACAGCAUGGUGUUCACAUCUCUCACAAAUACGUUGAUAUCUGCGAAGCAAGCAGUGAAGUGGAGAGCGAUAUCGACUCAAUGAUGAAGCAAAUGGGGCAGGAGAACACCAAAUUUGUGAUGUUUACAACCAGAAUGAAAUUUGAUCCGGUGCACAAUGUAAUGAAACGCCUCGAAGCACAAUACGGUGUCAUCACACAACACGUCAGUCAGCAGACACUGAUGAAGGCAAUUGGACAGAAGGGAGCGUUUUUGGUGCUUGGAAAUCUUUGCUUGAAGUUGAAUUUGAAACUUGGAGGUGUUAAUCAUAAUCUUCGGGUUUGCGAAAGUUUUCUUUCAGCGAAUUCGAAUCUUCGUAACUUUGAUUCUAAGCUUUUCCCUAAAACCCGGAUGUUUGUCGGAUUUGAUAUUAGUCAUGCUGGCCCGCAGUCAUUUGCUGAUCGUCAGAUGAAAAAACCUCAGAGUGAACCGACUGUAGUUGGAAUGGCUUUCACUAUCGGAGAAGUCACAAAAAUUCGUGGAAGUUAUUGGAUGCAAGAGCCGCGAGAAGCCACGAUUUCAGACAUCGCAGAUAACUUUGCCGCUGCUCUCUUGACAUUCUAUAAAGAAACAAAUAGCCUUCCGUCUGACAUCAUCGUUUUCCGCUGUGGUUGCUCGGAGGGCGAGUUCAAAAAGGCGGCCAAAGAAAUGAUUGACAUGCAAAAAGCAUUUGUGGAUGUAAAUCACCUGUAUAGUCAUGGCAUGUAUUCUCCUUCGCUCACAUGUUUGGUCGUUCAAACGAACUCAAAUUACCGCAUCGUACCGACCAAAAUCGAUUCGCAAGCUCGUGCCAUGGAACAGAAUGUUCCAUGUGGUACAGUUGUUGAAGACGCGUUGCAUCCAGCUUACAUUGAAUUUCUGAUCGUUCCCCAGAAAGCUUUACAGGGGACGGCUCGUGCACUCCGCUGCACCUUGGUGACGCAUAGUCAAGGCACAUCUGGGCAGUUACUUUCCGUGGAUGAGCUGGAGCAAGUUACUAACAUUCUAUGUUAUGGGCAUCAGGUAAGGAGUUACUAUGAAUAAUU